GCUACAUCGUCCCGGAGUACUUCCGUUGGCCCGGUGACCUCUCCCCGAAGCUGGGCCUGAAGUUCACUGACAUCCCCAACGGCCUUGCUGCGCUGACCAAGGUUCCUGGCCAGGGAUGGGCUCAGAUUGUUGCUUUCCUGGGAUGCUACGAGCUGUUUGUCAACAAGCCCGUGGGUGAUGAGCCCGGCAAUUACGGCAAGGGCAACCUGGGCCUGGGCUUCCUGGGCCCCGUGACAAACCCCGAGGCACGAACUAAGAAGCUGUCGGCGGAGUUGGCAAAUGGUCGCUUGGCCAUGAUGGCCAUCAUCGGAAUGCUGUUCCAGGAUGGAUUGACAGGCUCCGCGUGGGGGGACUGGGCACUGUAUACGGACUCUCCCCUUCGCAGUGGACUGAUGAGCCCUGGCUACAACACUCUGCCCGAGUGGGAGAAGCCCAACACGGGCUUCCAAGGCCUGACUGGUGACCAA